AGUGAUCAUCAAAGAAGAAUGAUAUCAAAUGGUUGCUUCAUAAAAAAGAACCUUUUUCUUCACUUAAACAAAGCUACUGGAACAAAACGAAUCAACACAAAUACUAGAUCGGUUCAGAGAGAUGCUUCGGUUAAGCAAACCACUAUCAAAGGACCUUAUGGUAAGAGCCCAGGAUGCACAACAAGCUGCGGAUUGAGGUUACCAAGGAAAACAGAAGUCACAGCAGCAAGAUUGAUCAAGCAUAUUGGCUGUAAAUUUGCAAAAGGUUUGCGUCUGGUUGUGAUGAGGAAGAAGAGAAAAUCUCCACCGUCAAAGGUCUCGUCUUCUUCCUCUGGAAGAUCUCAGCCGUCGAUCAUCCCCAUAAGCAAUGAUAGUCAUAGAUCAGAGGCCAUAGAAGACUGCAUAGAGUUCAUCAACUCAUCAUCCUCCUUCACAAGAUCAAACUCUAUUUCUUAAGUUUCAUCACUCCCAAACCCUUUGUCUUGGUUGCUCGUUGUCUAUUUGCUUAUUUGUGAGAAUUUCAUUGCAUGUUAUGUCUAUAUAUCUUCUAUAUGUGACCUUUGUCGUUGUGUACGAGUAAAUAUUAUUUAUG